AUGAAGCUGUGCGACUGCGUCUCCAAGGGUGACUGGGUGUGGCUGAAAAGAUUCCCUGGAGGGAAGUACGCUGAAGUCAAACCAAGCACCGAAAAGGUCUUUUGCCAGCUGCGGGACCUGCGGCACGAAAAUGUCAACCUUUUUGUGGGCUUCUUCCAUGACGCCGGGAUUCUUGCUGUGGUCUCGGAGCACUGCACGCGAGGGAGUCUCGAAGAUCUUCUCCGUAACGACGACAUGAAGCUGGACUGGAUGUUCAAGUCAUCUUUGCUGCUGGACCUUAUCAAGGGCAUGAAGUAUUUGCACCACCAGGAAUUCCCCCACGGCCGUCUGAAGUCUCGGAAUUGCGUAGUGGACGGCCGUUUUGUCCUGAAAGUCACGGAUCACGGAUACAACGAAUUGUUGGAGGCGCAGAAAGUGGUCCGAGAACCGACGAAGCCAGAGGACCGUUUCUGGACCGCACCAGAAUUGUUGAGGAAUCCAGCGCUGGAACGGAAAGGCAGCUUCCGGGGAGACAUUUACAGUAUUUCCAUCAUCAUUCAAGAAGUCAUCUGCCGCGACGCGCCUUAUUGUAUGCUGGAUAUGAGCCCCGAAGAGAUCAUCAAGAAGGUGGAGAAACCCCCUCCUCUUUGCCGCCCCUCCGUCUCCAUAGACCAGGCGCCGGUAGAGUGUAUCCAGCUUAUGAAGGAAUGCUGGAGCGAACAACCGGACAGGAGACCCCACAUCAAUCAAGUCUUUGAUCAGUUUAAAAGCAUCAACAAAGGAAGGAAGACCAACAUCAUCGACUCCAUGCUACGUAUGCUGGAACAAUAUUCCAGCAAUUUGGAAGACUUGAUCCGGGAAAGGACUGAAGAGCUGGAAGUCGAGAAGCAGAAGACCGACAGGCUAUUAACACAGAUGCUGCCCCCUUCUGUGGCUGAGGCCCUGAAGACCGGGGCACCAGUGGAACCCGAAUAUUUUGAAGAGGUGACCUUAUAUUUCAGCGACAUUGUGGGCUUCACCACCAUCUCAGCCAUGAGUGACCCCAUUGAGGUGGUUGAUCUGCUCAAUGAUCUAUACACCCUCUUCGAUGCCAUCAUCGGCUCCCAUGACGUGUAUAAGGUGGAGACCAUUGGCGACGCCUACAUGGUAGCUUCUGGGCUGCCGAAACGGAAUGGGAAGCGACAUGCGGGAGAGAUAGCCAACAUGUCCCUCGAUAUCCUCAGCGCGGUUGGUACUUUCAAAAUGCGCCAUAUGCCAGACGUACCUGUCCGGAUACGCAUCGGCCUGCACUCCGGGCCCUGCGUGGCUGGCGUGGUGGGGCUGACGAUGCCACGCUACUGUCUCUUUGGGGACACGGUCAACACUGCCUCGCGGAUGGAGUCCACCGGCCUUCCUUAUCGAAUCCACGUCAACCUGCGGACGGUGGAGAUCCUGCACGCCCUCAAAGAAGGUUACAAGCUCGACUUACGGGGGAAGACGGAGCUGAAGGGAAAAGGCACGGAAGACACUUAUUGGCUCAUCGGUCGCGACGGCUUCACCAAACCUAUUCCUACUCCCCCAGACCUGAAGCCGGGGGCGAGCAGCCACGGGAUCAGCAUGGAGGAAAUUCCUGAGGAUCGGAAGCAGAAGUUACAGAAAGCCCGUGCAGGACAGAAAAUAUAAUCUGGGAGGAAGACCGCUGCAUGAAGUCGGUUGGGAUGGAGGUCAACCAACUCCCAGGAGUUUUCUGCUGAAGGUCUUUGGGCAAAUCUGCCAGAACGGG